CCGCCCGACAGCACCGCCGCCUGCCCCAGCCAUGGGUCGACAAAAGGAGCUGGUGUCCCGCUGCGGGGAGAUGCUCCACAUCCGCUACCAGCUGCUUCGCCAGGCGCUGGCUGAGUGCCUGGGGACCCUUAUCCUCGUGCUGUUUGGCUGUGGCUCUGUGGCCCAGGUCGUGCUCAGCCGGGGCACCCACGGUGGUUUCCUCACCAUCAACCUGGCCUUUGGCUUCGCCGUCACCCUAGGCAUCCUUAUCGCUGGCCAGGUCUCUGGGGCUCACCUGAACCCUGCCGUGACCUUUGCUAUGUGCUUCCUGGCACGUGAGCCCUGGAUCAAGCUGCCCAUCUACGCCAUGGCUCAGACUCUGGGAGCCUUCCUGGGUGCCGGGAUCGUUUUUGGGCUGUAUUAUGAUGCAAUCUGGGCCUUCGCCAACAACCAGCUUAUAGUUUCGGGCCCCAAUGGCACAGCUGGCAUCUUUGCCACCUACCCCUCUGGACAUUUGGACAUGGUCAAUGGCUUCUUCGACCAGUUCAUUGGCACAGCCUCCCUCAUCGUGUGUGUGCUGGCCAUUGUGGACCCCUACAAUAACCCUGUCCCGCGUGGCCUGGAGGCCUUCACUGUGGGCCUGGUGGUCCUGGUCAUCGGCACGUCCAUGGGCUUCAACUCUGGCUACGCCGUCAACCCCGCCCGGGACUUCGGCCCUCGCCUUUUCACAGCCAUUGCCGGCUGGGGCUCGGAAGUCUUCACGACCGGCCGCCACUGGUGGUGGGUGCCCAUCAUCUCCCCACUCCUGGGUUCCAUUGCGGGUGUCCUCGUGUAUCAGCUCAUGAUUGGCUGCCACCUGGAACCACCUCCACCCUCCACCGAUGAGGAGAAUGUGAAGCUGUCCCACGUGAAGCACAAGGGGCAGAUGUGAAUGGGCAGGGGCCUCCCCCCCACCCCCUCUCAUGAGCAUCCUUUGACUGUGCAGGGGCUGCUUCCUAGAAGCCCUCUUCACGACCCCCCUCCCAGGCUAAGAAGCUCCUUGUCUACCACCGCCCCUCUAGAAAGCCCCCUUCAGGAUUUUCCAUCCUGGAGGAAAUAGGACCCAAUAGGACCGCAGGCCACUGCCUGUAAGCUGGUGGCACAGGGAGUAGGGCCAAUCUAGUCCUUUGUCUCCCAAAGAGAGAGAAUGGGCAGCAGAUGUGUGCAUGUGUGUGUGUGGUUUUCCAGAUAUUCAGGGCAAAGGACCAAGUGGAAAGGAUUCUAUCUGUGGGCGUGUGGGGGGAGGCCCGGAGGGAGGGAGGGAUGGUGUUGUGUCUGUCUAUGAGUGAGGAAAGCCCCAGGGGUCUGCAUGUUUCAGGGGCUCCGUGUGGAGGAGGGUCCAGGUACAUGCGUUUCUUAGUAUGUGUGUGUCUGCUGUUUUUUCUACAUAGGGGGCUUCUAUAGGCUUUGGGGGAGGUAGGGUGGGAAUAUGAGUAGGGCUAGGAGGAGGGGACCACAGUCCAGAUGAGGAGCUCUGGCUAUUCAUACAUAAGUAAGAGCAGAGUGAUGUGUUUCUGUCACAAUGGAGGCAUGAGGUGGGUGGGGUGAAGUCCAGGUCAUAAGUUUCACAUUUGCUCUUUAAAAAAAGAAAGAAAAAAGUGUAUAUAUAUAUAUAUGU